AAUGGAAAACCGAGAAUAAGAUGUUCCUGUAACAGAAAAUCCAGUUGCAGAAGUAAGAUUGGAAGAGAAAUUAAAUGAAAUAGAAGAAGCAGGUGAGAAGGGAAUCAAUGAAAUUGAAAAAUACUAUAAAAUAACUGGUUCUCCAAUAAACAAUGCAAUUAUUGUUUAAGCCUUAAUUUGUGCUCUUGCUUCAGGAAGCACAGCUCUUGUGAAUUCAUUAGGUCCAGUUAGAUGGUUGAUCAGUCUUAUACCUGUGUUUAACCUUUUAAAUUUCAUAAUAUAUGCCAUCUUCUUAGCAUUUUUAUAAUUUGGCAGUCCAUUUUUCAAAAAGGUACAUAUAUUUCAUUAAUAUAAAAUAGAAACCUUGGAAUUUCUUAUUUUUUGGUAUUCAUUUUAUUGGAAAGUUUUCUUUCAUGGUAUUUUAUGGAGUAAAUUAUCCAUUAAAUAAAUUUGAAGUGUUUUAUUUCCUUUGUGUGUUUGGUUAUCUAUAUGUAUUAGCAUUGGUUAGAAAUAGAGAUGCAGGUUUGAAUGGAGUUGAUUUUACAAUCAAAGGAAACUUUUUCUAGAUAGCUGGUCUUGGAUUAUUUUUGGGUUUCUUUUUAGUAUUUUACUUUCAUAUAUGAAUUUUAGGCAUUACUUACAUAAGCAGGUUUUUGGCCAAUGAUUUGGUAACCAGUUGUUGGAACACUAUAUUUCCUAUAUCUUUUGCUUGAAGUAUAGAGAUUUGAUGGAAGUCUUGAAUAUUUGAGAGAAGGAAAAAAUGCAUUAUUUUUGGGUGCAGCUUAAAUUGAUGCAGAUUUGUUAUGGUUCUGUCCUUUGGCCCUAUUUCACAUAAAGUCAAAAGGUGGUGAGGUUAUUGCAAAGAAAAAUGAAGAAUUUGCUUAAGAGGUUAAAGAGGAGAGUAAGAAAUUUAUAGAUCCUGAAUAGAAUGCAUGAAA